AUGUCCUCGCCGUCGGCGACAGGUGCGCCUGCAAAGGCCACCAUAAACCCGCACAGGGCCGUUGCCUUCUUCACCUCGGCGGACAGAAGCCAUUGCCUUGUCGGUAUGGUCGCCUCUACGCCUACCAUGACCCAAAGUGACGGCACCGUCGCCGUGCUUGUACAGCCACGCCCGCUCAUCCUACUCGCUCCUCAGACACUGCAGGUUGCGAGCAAGAGCGGCGGACUGGUUACUGGGCACCUGGUCGACGUCUCUGACCCCUCCGUCAGUGGUCUUCUCACUGCAUCUAUUCCGUCACCCAACUGGGCAAGCAGCGGCGGCAGUGCUACGCCGCUUCUAACCGCGGAGGAUGUGGGCACAGUGAUGACAGCCAAAGAGCUACGAGAGAUGCAAGAGCAUCGAGACAGCCUCAAAGCAGGCCUCGGAUCUAGCAGAGACCGAGUACGAGAAAUCGACGAGCUUCUUCGUGAGAAUAUGCAGGAGAAAAACAGCAGUGUCACAUCAGCAACCAAACCUAACACACUGCGGGAACCGUCUCCGCUAAAGGAGCAUCUCGAUGCGGCUCGAAGGACCGUCGAUGACAUGGCGAAGGCCGCCGACGCUGCCGAGAAGGUGCUGCUACUCGCACGCGCCGGACUGCGAACAGUGAAGCCGUUCGCAUGGGCCGACCUACAGCGGCGCCACAGCAGCUCGUCUUCGCAGACGUUGGUGAGUCUCAUAGAAACUGCUGUGGCCCCGCUGCACGACAGCACGUGUGCGUCAUUUGAUGACGCGAUAGUGCAGGCAGUCUCUUUACCCAAACGACUGGCUGCCGUAAAGUCCGUGAGUGUGACAGUCGAUGAUACACAGCGGGUACUGCGUUUUCUGAAGUCGUGGCCGACCGUGGCGGCUGUCGCGAAGGAGCACAAGACCGCUGCCACCCUGUACCAGUGGGUCGACGCGCUCGCCAAGGCGACAGAGGCUCAGCGGCGGCUGAAGGCGACGCAGCAAGCGCUCGCGGCAACACUAUCGCAGAGCCCAGGUGCUGCGCGGCAGUCGAAGGAGAUGGCGCGGGCACUUGAGAUCGCAUCGCCGCCAGCAAAGAAGCUCGACUCCGUGGCAGAGGCGGCUCUGCGUAAGGAGCGCAAGGAUCAAAUGGAGUACGUGCAGAUGGCCGAAGAAGAACUGGCCGCUGUAGAUGCUCUUAUAGCCGAGGCUGAGGCGCUGGCCAUCUCGCCUCCUCGCGGUGCGCAGGACUCGUCGCAGGGUGCAGUGACUAUUGUGCCGGCUUUGGUCGUGCCCACAUCGUGGGUGGCCUGCGCCUUGCCAGAGGAAGAAGCGCCGCGAAUAGGAGUGUACACGCACCAGCCACGUGGCAAACAAAUAGAGUUUUCCAGCUCUGCGAGUCUGAUAUUAUCGACAGUGGCGAAGGCACUGGUGCCGUCGGCGGUGGUGUCCACCGCUACCCCGCAGGAUCGUGCAGUAUCUGCGCUGAACCUUGCCGAGUUGCGCAAGGAAUCAUCUGGUAGCGCCAACAACAGUGGCGGCAGCGACCACGGCACUGGGGGGCACUGGUCCACGAACAACCGUCAGCUCAGCCCCAAAGCUGCGGCUGCGGCUUCUACGGGUGUGAGCAAUGCAGCCCUUGUUCCAGUCACUGAAGUCACAGCCGCAAGGCAGCGCGCAGAGGAUGCAGAAGAAAAAACGCGGCUGCUCGAGGCCCGCCUCUCCGCCGCCCUUCAGCAGAACCCGAAAGAGGCGGAAGUGCAGCUGCUGCGCGAUGAACUGAAUGCGAAACACACAGAGCUGCGUCGCGUCACGGAGGAGCGCGACCGCCUCCUACAGGAGCGAUGCGAUAGAGGCUCUUGGUAUGUGCCAUCCUCGCGGCGUGCCACGGCAGACGGUGCACAAAGUGACGGAGCAUCCCAGGCUGGGUCUGGCCGGUAUGCGCGGCGCUCGUCGACCCCGCGCGACACUGUUGACCGCAGCGUCGUCGAAGAGCUUGAGGAUCAGCUGACGGCAGCACACCAGCGUAUCUCUGAGCUUCUCAUCGAGGCAAGUGAGUGGCGCCGCCGCUCGCCAUCACUAACAGCCGUCUCUAUAACACCGAAAGCAGCCAAAAGUAGCCGCCUUGCAACCGCGCCUGGCGACUACUCGCACAUGACUGUGGUGCCGUCACCGUCAACGGAGGAGACUGGCACCGCACCAUGCUCCGCCAGCGACACGCCGCGGCAGCGAUCACUGAGAGGUGUUGCUGUGUCGCCAUGUCAACCUUUGUCGUCGCCAAUGAUAACGCAGGAAAUGUAUGACGACCUCCAGGCCCGCCUGUGCGCCGUCUCAGACGAGCUGGAAACUCAGCGGCAAGAGACACACCAGCUGGAGGAACAGCUCAACGACGCCCUGCACCGGCGAAGUGAGGCGGAGCACAUGGUACUGGCGCAGAAGCACGAGCUCGAAGAAGUGUGGGAGAGGCUGGAGGCAGCGGAGGCCCGCGCUGAGGAGCAGGAGCUGCUUACCCAGCAGCGUCUCCUCUUCACCCAUACGCAGUUCCUUCCGUCCCAAUCGCCGGCGUCGCAGCUGAAUGUAUCCACACCGCUGCCAUCCGCCUCCCCCAUCGUUAACUCCAAUCUUUCCCAAGCCCAGCAACCUCUCUUAGCAUCUACGAGUGCGCCGUUGCAACACGCGCAACACACGCUCAGCGUGCAAGACGUCUUUGGCAGCGACUCAGCGCCAGGUGCUGCCGAUGCAGAGGUGAGGUCUCAGACGAACGAGGAUGCGAUGACGAUUACCACCAACGUAAACACCGUCUAUGGCAGCGCGUCUCGACUGUCGGUGGACGUGUACCCGCACAGUCCAGGGACUAGUGGCUUUCCGAGCUUUGGAGGUGGCGGCGGUGGAGCGACCUCUGCAGCGGCAGCGAAUGCGGCGGAACGUUCCAUCCUCAGCCAGUACAGCCGCGCUCCUUCAGCUCUCCAAUCACGGCCGGUGGAGCAGCUGAGCACGAUUGAGCUACGGCACGAGGUACACCGCCUCCGUGAAGAGGUGGAGCGGUAUCAGUCGGGGGAGCUGCGAAUGGUGAUGGAGCUGCAAACACUGCGCGAGAAGCAAAAAGCAGAGCGCAAACGCCGCCGUGAUGCACGCGCCGCCCGCAUUCAAAUGCUGGCGCGGAUGCAGGGGAACAUUGCCGACGUCAUCGAGAAGUCCACGAAGGAGCUGGAGGCAAUCCCGCCGCUGCUCGAGCGCAGCCGCUCGGAAGCAGAGGCCCUCAUGUCGAGGCGUCGAAUGGGUGGGUAG